AUGAGUUUCGGAAAGCUAUACACGUACAAGGGAAGCCCCCGCGCCCUGGGCAUUCUGGCGGUCGCAAAGUCGAUCGGCCUCGAUCUGGAGGAAUCCGAACUGCAGCCGGUGAAUGGCGUGCCUGAUUUCUACUGGAAGCUGAAUCCGCUGGGCAAAACACCGACCUUUGAGGGAACGGAUGGAGUCGUGUUGACCGAGUGCAUGGCCAUCGCGCUGUACAUCACCAACCAAGACCCCGACACCACCCUCAUGGGCAGCACCUCGCUCGACUUUAUCAACAUCAUCCGCUGGAUCUCGCUCACCAACACGGACGUCGUGAUGCGCAUCGCAGCCUGGGUGCGGCCCCUCAUCGGCUACACCCCCUACUGCAAAGAAGAAGUCGACAAGGCACAGCGCGACACGGCCAAGGCGAUUCAGAUCUUCGAAGACCACCUCCGCGACCGCAAGUACCUCGUCAGCGACCGGCUGACGCUGGCGGAUAUCAUGUGCGCGAGUCUGCUCACGCUGGGCUUCGCCAAGGUGUUUGACCGUGAGUGGAGGGAGGAUUUCCCGUACUUUACGGGGUGGUAUAUGAUGGUGACGCAUCUGCCUAUCUUCCGGGCGGUGCUGCCCGAGGUGCCGUUUGUCGCGGUGGGAUUGCCGAAUGCGCCGCCGACGGAGCCGUUUAAGGCGCCGUGA